AUGGCAUCGUGUUCCAUUAAGACUGUUGAGACUGUAGCUACCGCCCGGGCCUUCCUUGAGAGCCAUUACAAUUCCAUAUUCAAUCAGCUCCCAGUCAUCAUCCAGAGACGGGGUGCGAGAGGCGUGACGCCGAAUGGAUUCGAAUUUGUGAGGGUACUAGGAAAGGGGAGUUUUGGUGUCGUCCGUCUCGUCAAGACCAAGACUCCGCAGACUCCACUUGAAGGGAGCUUGCCAGUCCUGUCCAACUCUCCACCUCAGGCAUACGCAAUGAAAGUCAUUCACAAGUCUACCAUGAUCCGCAGCAGCCAGCAAUGUCACCUGCUCGCUGAGCGGGAUCUACUAGUUGCAGCAGAAGGCUCUGAAUGGAUUAUACCUCUGAUAGCAGCAUUUCAAGACCCUCAACAUCUGUACCUUGUCAUGGACUUCUGCAUCGGUGGCGAUUUCCUUGGCCUGCUCAUCCGCAAGAAUACGCUGCCGGAACACGAAACCAAAUUUUACAUGGCAGAAAUGAUUCUCUGCCUAGAGGAGGUCCACAGAAUGGGUUGGAUUCAUCGAGAUGUGAAGCCAGAUAACUUUCUCAUUUCCGCCAGUGGCCAUCUCAAGAUCUCCGAUUUCGGUCUAGCUUUUGACGGCGAAUGGUCGCAUGAUCAGAAACAGUAUCAUGAAACUCGCCAAAUGUUGAUGGACCAACUAGGACUUUCUCUUGAUGGGGAUGAUCAAGAUCAACAGGAAAAAAGCGUAGCAGAAUCGAGAUCUUGCGCAGAGCGUGGCUACGGUUUCUCUGAUCGAAACAUCAACCACACCCGUCCACCUGCUAUAGGAGUACCUCGGAAAGGGGAACCCAUCAUUGACUGGCGAAAUCGAUGCCAGCGUCGACGUCUUGCUCGCUCAGUGGUAGGUACGUCGCAGUACAUGGCGCCCGAAGUCGUGCGUGGCGAGAUGUAUGAUGGACGUUGCGACUAG